AUGUAUGUGGAUUCCCCACUGGCGCAAAUUUCAAUGGGUGCCCUGAUUGUGCUGCUCUCGCCGCUCGUGAAUCCUGUUGAUGCUAAGCCAAUGUGGAACACAAUCAACAAGUAUGCUGUCGAUGGCUCACUCUGCCCUGGAACACGCUCAACUGAGGUUUGCUCGGCAAUCUGCGUGUACGACCUUGCCAACUGUCCCCAGCAGCCGGACUGCGCUGACGGUCAGUCAUUGUGUAGCGACGGAAACUGCCACGACGAGUGCACCGACGAGAUUAACAGCUCCAACCCAUGCACCUGCGGCUGGCAGGCCAAGCAUGUUCCAGCAAAGGCUGGGGGCCUUGUUCCUUGCCCACUUCUCGACAAUGUUACCAUCAGCGAGAUGCACUCGUGGGAGAAGAAGAAGCAAAUCCGCGAUGCAUGCUCUUCCCAAGCUCGCAUUAGCGACCAAGGCAACUUUGGCAUCUGGGGCACUGACUGGCCUCGUGAUGGCUCCAGUGAAUCUGGCCUUCUGGGCGUGUGGGCCGAGUGCCCGAGCGAGCCUCAGAAUAUGUACACCUUCCGCGAGCCAAUGUGGAUCGCUGUCUUUACCAUUGUGUUUGGCUACUUGGCUCUGCUCGCGACCUGGCUUAUGUACAAGAUGGCUAUGGAGAUGCACCAGCGGCGUGCAAGGUCGGCUACAGUAGACGGUGCUGCUGCCAGAGGCACCAAAUCCGAGCUCAACCCGCUGAAAUUUGACCUCAAGAACAACGCGGGAAAUUACGACCACAGUACUGCUAAGACAACCGGCGCGGGAAACUCCAUUUCCAGCGGCAGCGAUGCGUCUGAUGAAACCAACGACCUGAUGGGCAACAACAUUCGUCUGAGCGGGUACAAGAACAGCGUGCUGGGCACUGCAAUGACUUGGCUCCUGCUACUUCUGGCCUCGCUUUGGCUGUGCUACCUCUUUGUUCUUUGUGCUGACUACUAUGGCAGCAUGCCCAACACUCCAGUCGAUGUUUCUUGCACACUUUCGUAUAAUGACUGCAAUCUUGGCAACCAGACGUUCAUUGUGAUGUGGUGCCUUUUUAUCUUCAUGGUUGUCACUAUAAAUGUGACCCGCCACCGGCUCCGCAACUUUUUCCGUAUCAAGACAUUCCCAGAGCACGGCGAAUUUGUCUGUGUCGAGCACAAGGUGGAUGCUGAGAUCAUGCUGGCCAGCAAGCGCAGCUUUCUUGUCGAUGCUGUGCGCCGUGUCGCCGAUAUAUUCAAGCGCUUUUUGGGCUGGGACUGGAAUGUGACGACAUGCCCACUAGCGAAGACCGCCACGGGGCGCAAAUAUUUUACGUACCAGUGCACCCGAUUUGUGCUGGACCAGUCGGACGGGCAGUUUGCGCCGUGCUCGUUCCAGCUUGGCACCAAAAACAGCGAAUUUGUUUCCAAGGCUGACGGUCUUACGAGCGACGAGGCAAAAACGCGCUUCGAGCUCAUUGGCCCUAAUUUCAUCCAGGUGUAUGUUCCCAACUGGUUCUUUGCUUUUGUCCGUCAGGCAACAAGCUUCAUCGUGCUGUAUCAGUCUCUAGCGCUGCUGCUAUUCUUCUACGAUUUCUAUUGGCAGGUCGGUCUGGUCGACAUGUUCAUCAUCAUACUUUCUCUCACAUUCAGCGUGGUAGUCCGCAAGCUUUCCGAGGAGCGGCUCAAGCGUAUGGCUGAGCAGGACGAACAUCUCAUGGUUAAGCGUGACGGCCAGUGGGCCGACAUGAGCACUAGAGACCUGGUUCCCGGAGACGUCAUUCAGCUAACGGCCGGAAUGCACAUGAGCUGCGAUUGCAUUUUGAUCUGCGGAAAUGUCGUGGUAGACGAGGCCUCUUUGACCGGCGAGGCAUUGCCGGUGCGCAAGUUUUCUGUCCGCAUUGAUGACACGCCAUUCGACUCGGCGGUUAACAAGAACAACCAGCUGUACGCGGGCACCAUCAUCAGCCAGACACAGCCGCUGACAAUUUCGAACGGCGAUUUUUUGGCCGACGAGCACGUCCUGGGUCUUGUCUUCCACACCGGUACAGCAUCUGACAAGGGAAAGCUUGUGCGCAAGAUUCUGUUCCCGCAGCCAAUUUCUUUUAUCUUUGACGAGCAGCUCAAGGUUGUACUGUCUAUCCUCGUCUGCUACGCAAUCGUCUGCAUGGGCUUUGCAAUUUACUUUUAUCAGGGCUCGCCCACCGCGACAUACUUCUACGGAAACUUCUGCAUGCUACAGGCCAUCAGCCCGCUUCUGCCCGCCGGUCUGGUCGCUGGCCAGUCGAUGGCCGCGCACCGCUUGAAGAAAAAGCGUAUUUAUUGCGUUGAUCCCCAGCGCAUCCUCAUGGCCGGCAAGAUCCAGAUUAUCGCAUUUGACAAGACCGGCACAAUGACCUUUGACUACCUCAACUUUUACGGCGUCCGCACUGCGCGAGCUGCCGCGUUUGACAGCUUCAAUGGCGACUUGCCCUCGGUAGACGCGCUGUUCCAGAUGGGUGUUGCAAGCUGCCACGCAGUCACCGACCUCAACGGUCAACUCAUUGGCAAUCCGGUCGAUAUCGAACAGUUUAAGGCGUCGGAAUGGUCGUUGGACAACCAGCCCAAGUAUUUGGACAAAAUUAUGCCGCCUGCAAACUCGCCGCUGAGCGCCCUGCAUGUUGUGCGCCGAUUCGAGUUUGUGCAUGCGCGCGCUUCCAUGUCUGUCGUCGCGCAGGAUGAAGGCACUGGCCAGAUCCACAUUUUUGUCAAGGGCUCGUUCGAGCGCAUCAAGCAGAUCAGCAGCGCCCCAACUAUUCCUGCGGACUACGAUCUCGCGUGCAGUCAGCUGGCGCGUGAAGGGUGCUACGUCUUGUCAAUUGCGCACAGGGUAUUUGGCGGCACCAUGGAUGAGCUCCGCAACAUGUCGCAGGAGGACAUUGAGUCUGGAUGUGACUUUAUUGGCCUGCUAGUGUUUAAGAACAUGCUCAAGCCAGACAGCGAGCAGGCAAUCGGCGAGCUGAAGGGCGGAUCCACACGCACAAUCAUGAUCACAGGCGACACAGCUCUGACAGGCAUUUACAUUGCGCGACAGUCCGGUAUGAUCCCGCCAAACAGCACCGUUUUGCUCGGCGACGUUGACAAAAAAUUGGGCGGCAUUGUUUGGGUCGACAUUGAUCAAGACAUUGAGGUUGAAAACAUUUUACCACUUCUCGACCAGAGUGGCCCAGAUGGAUUCCCAUCGACCGAGCUAGCCGUCACCGGUGCUGCGUUCAGGAUGCUAUCCGAGAACGGCGGCAUCAAACCGCUGCUGCUGAACACUCGCGUGUUUGCGCGCAUGCAGCCCAAUGACAAAGUGCUCUGCGUGCAGCAGCACAUGGAACACGGCAUCACGGCCAUGUGCGGCGACGGCGGCAACGACUGUGGCGCCUUGAGGGCUGCCCACGUUGGCCUGGCUUUGUCCGACGCUGAGGCCUCAAUCGUCUCACCAUUUGCCUCCGGGAACCGCUCGAUUAUGUCCUGCGUCGAGCUGCUCAUCCAGAGCCGCGCUGGGUUGGCAACAUCGUUUGCCAAUUACCGCGCUCUGAUUCUGUAUGGUACGACCAUGACUAUGAUGAAGCUCGUUUCGUUCUACCACGCCGACUCGAUGUCUUCGAAUAUUUGGAUGAUUAUCGACGCCCUAGUUGCCACUUCGAUGGCAAUUGCCGUCGUCUUUUUGCCGCCGGCCAAGAAGCUGGCCAAGUACCGCCCGACCGCGCAGAUUCUGGGCCCCGAGAUUUUGUCAUCUGUCCUGGGCGUCGUGGCCAUUAAUUGGUGCUUCAUGGCGUGUGUGUGGAUCUGGGUUUACGGCCAGUCAUUUUUCCGUUGCAACGAGUUUGACUCAUCUACAGUUGACUUGAUGAAGUGGUAUCUGCUUGGCGAUAACUACGAGGCCGCCAUCAUGACGUAUAUUGUGAUGUACCAGUUUAUCAACAACGGCUUCCUGGUCAACUAUGGGUACUUGUACCGCCGUCCCUGGUACCGCAACCCAUUCCUGCUUGCCGUCUGGUCGGUACUUAUUAUCCUUAUUUCGUACGCCCAGCUCGCUCCUCCCAGCAGACUGUCGUGCACUCUGCGCCUCAACUGUGGCAAUCCUGAUGUUUUGGAAAGCCUAGGCUUUGAUCGUCCGACAUGGAAUAUUGAGCCUUAUAAUAGCCCUAUCGGCCACAAUGUUCUGCCCACCUAUGCAAAGUGGACGCUGUGGGGCUACUCUAUCGGAAACAUGGUUGCCAGCAAUUUGUGGCAAGUCCUGGUUGUCUAUGGUCCAGUGCGCACGUUUUUGAGGAAGCGUCGUCCAAUGCGCCGCCUCAAUAUCAAGCUAUAG